UCCACAAUCCAUCUCUUUUUCAUUAUUCUCUCUUACAAUCUGUCUUUUAUCUAUUGAAUUUUUUCUCUCAUUAAGAUCCGAUUCACUUGCCUGAACUUCAGGAGAUUCUGCGAGAAUCUCAGAUGCAGAUUGCAGGCUGUCUGCUAACCCAGACUAAGUCUGGGCACCCUGGCCAGAUGGACUGAGGAGGGGAGCGAAAUAGAUCUAGAAAGAGAACGGAACAAGGAAAAUAGCCUGGGGAUGUUGCCUGAGGGUUUAUAGAGAGCUGUCAGCGGGUAUGAAGACACAUGAUAAAUGUUGUGUACCUUAUGGAGCAGUGUGUGUGUUUGUGCGUGAAUGUGUUUAUUCAAUCCAGUAAUGAAGUUUGCAUACAUUUGACAGGAUAUUAAAGUGGAAAUCAAAGUAGAGUUGGGAUUGUACACUUCAGUUGAACCUUGAGUAGUUUUGCAUGUGCUACAAUAGUGUGUGACUUGCUGGACUCUAAAAGUGAGAUUAGUAUUCAGGAAAUCAGUGUUGUGGCUCUCUCUGUGCUCCUGGAGCCCCAUGAGGGCCCCGGCCGCGGAGGCCUGGCUGGGAGAUGAAGGCGUCCCCCCUGCUGCUCUAGCAGCCCUGUGGGCCCUUAUGGCUCUGGAAGGCCCCUGUCUGCGCCCUGCCUCGCCCAUGCCGGGCCAAGGCAGGGCCCGUCGUCGCCGCACCCGAGCCGGAGCACCACGAGACAAUCUGUCCCACCUCACCGUGGCCCUCCUAGCGCGGACUCGCCUCCACGGAUUGCGGCACAUCUGUGCCCCGUCAAACUCACUCAGUCGCCGGGCCUUUUGGAUGCUGGCAUUCUGUACAUGUCUGGGUCUUCUGGUUUCCUGGUCCUCGAAUCGGUUGCUUCACUGGCUGGCCUUUCCCACUCACACAAGAAUCCACACAGAGUGGGCGAGAGAACUCGCUUUUCCCACGGUCACCAUCUGCAACAAUAACCCCAUUCGUUUGAACCACCUCACUAAGAGCGAUCUGUACUUUGCGGGUCACUGGCUUGGACUGUUGCUGGCCAACCGCACGGUCAAACCCUUGGUGCUGGACCUGCUUCAAGAUGACAGGCGGGCAUGGUUUAGCAAGCUGUCAGAUUUCCGUCUUUUCCUGCCUCCUCGGCGCUUCGAGGGCACCAGCAUGGAGUUCAUGGACCGACUGGGCCACCAGCUGGAGGAUAUGCUACUGGCCUGCAAGUACCGCGGAGAGCCCUGUGGAGCCCACAACUUCUCCACUGUGAGUCUGAACAAAUGA